CUCGUCGAUUGCCAACUUCACUCCAUUCGAAUAGGCUUUCGAACUAUCGCGCACAGGCCGAAUGUCAAGAACCUCAAGGCCUCGCGCAGUGAUAGUAUUUAUCGGCUGGUGCAAAAACAGAGGAUUUCCACUGAAAUUGGGAGUGUUGCGUGGCAAAUUUGUCCUUUGGCGAGCCACUGGCGGUGUGUGGCGCAAAAUGGUGUACGAGAACUACAUAGAAGUGCACGAGAUCCGUGAUAUUCUGGGAUUCCUGAAGAGCAUUGACUGGUACGAUCCACUGCUGAUGGCCCUCAUCUCAUUCCACGUCCUCGUGACGCUGGCCACACUGCUGACGCGGAAUCACGGCAACUUCCAGGUCGUCCUCUUCAUGCUGCUCAUCCUGCUGGUGUACUUCUCGGAGAGCAUCAACGAGUUCGCCGCCCACAACUGGCGCACGUUCUCGCGGCAGCAGUACUUCGACAGCCAGGGACUCUUCAUCUCCCUGGUCUUCUCCGUGCCAAUCCUCCUCAACAUCAUGCUCAUGGUGGGAAGUUGGUUGUAUCAAUCAACUCAACUCAUGGCAAAGCUGAAGACGGCUCAGCUGCGAGAACAGCUGCGCAAGAGCCGACAAAACAGCCGAGAAUCGCUGAAGAAGGACUGAGAGCUCAUUUUCUCAGCCUCCCUCGAAGACUCUUCUGUCCUGGAAAAGCGCCAGAUGAAGACGCCUUCUCUGAACCAAAUGUGAUCAUUGAGGAGAGACAAGUGUUUUAAUUUUUCUACUGUAAAUAAUCGUGUGUUUUAUAAAAGGCAGAAUAAAUACAAAGAAAAGAAAAAAGAGUGAAGAAUAUUAAAUAUGUGUUUAUUGUGAAUGCUUUUUGCUGGUCUUUCAUUGCACUAACAUAAGGAAGAAUCAUUUCUUAAUGAUAUACAAAAAAAAUUCGUAAUUCGUUAAAUUAAAUUGAAGGAAAAUCAUUCACUUCAACGAGCAAUAAAUAUAUUUUCUACAUUUCCUAUCCUUGCAGGAUAACGAUAUAACAGUAUUUUUUCUUCUUUCUCUCUAAGGCGCCUCUAAAUGCGGCGUGGUGUAAAUGUAAAUAUAGCGUGACGCUCUUUUUCUUCAUUCCU